UCUCUGUGGACGGUUGGCCAACCUUUACUCCGAGUGUUGCCGGUGUCGAGAGCAGACUCUUUUCUACCGUUGUUGUGUCGUGAUCGUGCUCGAGAAGCCAGAAAACUAAAUCAUCAUGCCUGUCCCAGAGUUACAAAAACCAGCACCUCAAUUCAAAGCAACAGUGGUUGUUGAUGGCCAGUUCAAGGAAGUUUCUCUAUCAGACUACAAGGGAAAAUAUGUUGUUUUGUUCUUCUACCCACUAGACUUCACAUUCGUCUGUCCAACAGAGAUCAUUGCUUUCUCUGAUCGUGCAAAAGAAUUUGAAAAGAUCAACACUAAGGUGAUUGCCGCAUCAACUGAUUCACACUUUACCCAUCUGGCAUGGGUCAACACUCCCCGCAAGCAGGGAGGUCUAGGAAAACUGGACAUACCACUUCUUGCUGACAAAUCCGGUAACAUCUCCCGAAGCUACGGUGUUUACAACGAGGAGACUGGUAUUCCAUUCCGAGGUUUAUUCAUUAUUGAUGAUAAACAGAACCUUCGGCAGAUCACCAUAAAUGACCUUCCUGUUGGAAGAUCCGUCGAUGAAACUCUUCGAUUGGUACAAGCAUUCCAAUUUACUGAUACGCACGGUGAGGUUUGCCCUGCAAACUGGAAACCAGGAAGCAAGACAAUGAAGCCUGACCCAGUUAAAUCGCAAGAGUACUUCAAGGAUGCGUAAAUUGAUUCAUAAUUAUCUAUGAUUCACACUCAUGCGCAGCGCCCAUAAAAUCACUGAUUUGUAUACUUCGUAAAAGAUGAAAAAUGAAAAUAAAGUAUUUUUAGAGAAUUCCUGUGGAUUAGGAUUCACUUUAAUUUUUCAUCGUAUUUACAUUUGAAUAAAAGAAUUUCUUUUUUAACAAAUGUUAUUUAAUUACUCUCAUUAUGUUUCAUACAAAUAUAUUCUUGUUGACAAUACAAAUGAAUUCCGUAUCAACUUGAGUUUGAUACAUUAAUUCAUGCCACUAAAAUUUGUAAAAUGAGUUAUGAAUUUUGUUCAUAGACGCAUGAUGUAUUGAGAGCCCGUGAGGGAGCACAGUAAAAUAAAAAACUCCCAGAUGUUACCAAUCAUCAACAA